CCUGAAGAAGCCUCGGGGUAAGAGCAAUGGUUCUACAGAAAUUCUCACACUAAAACCGCAAGUGUGGUGACACAUUAUAAAUCGAAAAAAAUCAGAGAAAGAAUUUCAUUCAUGAAGCUGGAGUUCCCGAGUCGGAGUUCAAAUAUUUCUAUGUAGCGAAGAGGAUCUCGAUUCAACCGGUUUCCAGGAUUUUUAAAGACGUGUACUAUAUGGCUUCAUUGAUGGCAUUAUGACCAGAUCGUCUCAAACUCAAUUAUGAAUUGUUGUAAUCUAUUUUGAGCAAUGAACUUGAUUUUACCAGAUAAGAAGCCACACAUCUCGUAUAAACGAUCAUCUGUGAAAAUUGGCACACAUAUAUUUCUAACGCAUAUUAAAAAUAUUUACUCUAACUCAUGUAUCAUGGACUUUUGACAAGCAUUUCAUAGAAGCAGCGCAGAAUUUCGAGAAUUUGGAUAAAUUAUAAACUAACAUAGGAUUUUCAUAUGAUUUAUGCCAUAAUUAGGGAUCUAUAACAGAGCAACACGAGAAACUGGCUCCGCAGGCAAAGGGAAGGAGUGAACUGGGAAGGAAUCUAUUCAACUCAGGGAUGCACGCAAUAUGUAGCCACUUCACUAAAGUAAAUGAUCAGACAAACAAUGGAUUAAAAACAUAACUGAUUGAUCCGGGAUAGGAUCUCAUAGUACGAAAUUAAGGAAUUCCACAAAUAUGUACCUUAACAUGGAUAAACAAGAGACGAUGGUGAACAUUAUUAUAACUGUGAUAUUUUAUAAUAUUUUGACAACAAAUGCAAUCGAGACAUGGUGGAGCCUUGGUAUGAAUGGCUUUGAAGCGUGGAGGAACCCCCAAUUAUUUAUCUUAGGAGCCCAGCCAGUAUGUACACACCUACGAGGCCUCUCCCCGGGCCAGACCAAGCUAUGUCAGCUCUACCAAGACCACAUGCCCGCUGUUAGCCGAGGGGCAAAGCUGGGCAUACACGAGUGUCAGUACCAGUUUCGUAAUAGACGUUGGAAUUGUAGUACCGUCGACGAUGAUUCAGUCUUCGGGCCAAUUACUGAAAUAGCCAGUAGAGAGGCCAGUUUUACGCACAGUAUAGCAGCAGCUGGGGUGGUGUUCUCUAUAGCCCGGGCGUGUAGGGAGGGAGAACUCUCAAAUUGUGGUUGUAGCAGAAAACUAAGGCCCAAGGGUCUAGAUAGAGACUAUAUAUGGGGUGGUUGUGGCGAUAACGCCGAAUAUGGCUACAGAUUCGCAAAAGGUUUUAUUGAUGCCAGAGAAAAUGAGAAAAACCACCCGAGGCAUUCCCGGGAGCUUUCCAGGAUGCUAAUGAAUCUUCAUAAUAACGAAGCCGGUCGAAGGGCGGUCUACAAGCACACAAAGGUGGCGUGCAAGUGCCACGGGGUGUCUGGCUCUUGUAGCUUAAAAACCUGCUGGCAGUCGCUCCUCAGUUUUAGGGAAAUCGGGAACUUUCUCAAAGAAAAAUACGACGGAGCAACAGACGUCAAGUUUAACAGACGUGGCACAAAGCUUGAGCGUAAAAACCCUAUGUAUAAUAAACCUACUAAAGAGGAUAUGAUAUAUCUUGACCCAAGCCCGGACUAUUGUGAGCCAAAUAAGCUCACGGGUUCAAGAGGAACAAUUGGUAGAAGCUGCGAGAAAAACUCAGAUGGCAUGGAAGGGUGCAACCUUAUGUGCUGCGGGAGGGGAUAUAAUACUCACAAAAUAACGCUCACUGAGCGAUGUCAUUGCAAAUUUCACUGGUGCUGUUAUGUGAAGUGCAGAACAUGUAAACGUGUCGUUGAUAUCCACACGUGUAAAUAGUACGUACAUAAUAACGUGUACAUUCGAAUCUAGACGCAAUACAUAACGAGUCCAUUUUGCACUACCCUCGUGUAGCAACGCCAUUCACGUAAGACUCGAUUUAAGAAUGGCGUGGCGUUUGACAUACAUGGUGCCCAAUUGGCCAGAACAACGCCGUGAUAAUACUGACAUGGACGGAAGUAUUCUACGCAUAUCAUCAUAAAUGAGAAUUUAUUCUCAACUACUGAUAAAUCGUCUGCUGAAGAGGACACUUGUGCAAGUGCCACUUAUGAGGCAACUGUGACAUUGAUAGCUAGCUAGUCCCAGUCACAUACAUAGACAGAAUAUAAGAUGUUACAGACAACUACAAUGCUGCAAAAAACCGAACGAUGGCACGUAGUAGUAGAAGAGGCAACCAAUUUGUUCUUAAAACUGUACAAUAUGUACAUAAUAUAGACAACUGAAGAAUAUUAAAUGUAAAUAGUUAAAGAGAAGUGAAGCUAAUAUAUAUAAACAUGUGCUGUACCAUAUCUACACAUGGGUAUAUGAUAAUAAUGAUUUAAUUCUAUGAGCAGAUUUGUACGUAAUGAUUGGUCGAAUCGAUCACGUGUAAGCUGACGUGUCAAAACUUUCUCAGUCAGUGUCAAGCAUGUUAUGUAAUCAUGUCAUUUAUGGCUUUCCCUUUAUUCCAUUUGAUUUGAAAAUCCAACCAAUAUUUAUCAAU